AAACCUAUAGACGUUUCCCUUAAAAAACAGUUGUUUUAUUUAUUUGUAGUGUUGCAAUUUCCUCUUACUGCGAAAUUCGUAAGGACAGGCCUUCGCUUUUGUUUGAAGUUGUAUUGGGAGAACCCUAGCGUCUUAACACAAUGGUGGCCGCCAAGAAGACUAAGAAGUCCCAUGAGAGCAUCAAUAGCAGGCUUGCUCUUGUCAUGAAGAGUGGGAAGUACACUUUGGGUUACAAAACGGUUCUUGACACCCUAAGAAGCUCCAAAGCUAAGCUGGUUAUCAUUGCAAACAAUUGCCCUCCUCUUCGGAAGUCAGAGAUAGAGUACUAUGCCAUGUUGGCUAAGGUUGGAGUUCACCACUACAACGGAAACAAUGUAGACUUGGGGACUGCUUGUGGAAAAUACUUCAGAGUCUGCUGCCUCAGCAUCAUUGAUGCAGGUGACUCUGAUAUUAUCAAGAGCAUGCCCACUGAGCACUGAUCAGUUAUCCAUGAAGGAUAGCAUGUCUUCCUAGGAAUUGUUCAAAUCUUCACAUAGUUUUUAGUUAUGAGCUUUGUUUUGUUAAUUUGUGCUAUAUAUUUUGAACUUGGAAAGUGCUUGCACCCUUUUUGCUUUGAGACAUAAUCUGAAUGUUAUGUAUUUGAAGUUUUGUGAGUUUCAAGUUGACUGUUUGAUAAAACUUGGCAUGUUUGUGUGGAA